AUGGCUCCGCGCCGCCCCGUGGAUGUGUCAUCGCUCCGCGCCGCCCCGAGGAUGUGUCAUCGCUCCGCGCAGGUCAUGGCGGCGCUGUGGAAGGGCUGCGGGCGGCUGCUGGCGCGGCGGCCGGGGGCUGCGCAGGCACUCACCGCCGGAGUCCUCAUGGGAGUUGGUGACGUGAUGGCACAGCAGCUGGUGGAGCGGCAGGGGCUGCGUGGGCACCACGGCACCCGCACUGUGAAGAUGAUGGCCAUUGGCUUUUGCUUUGUGGGCCCCGUUGUGGGCAGCUGGUACAAGAUUCUGGAUCGACUCGUCCCAGGGACCUCAAAAGUGGUGGCUGUGAAGAAGAUGGUGCUGGAUCAGGGGGCCUUUGCACCAUGUUUCCUUGGUUGCUUCCUCACCAUCACAGGUGCCAUGAAUGGUCUGUCAGUGGAAGAGAACUUUUCCAAGAUCCAGCAGGACUACGUGGAUGCCCUCCUGACCAACUAUUCCAUCUGGCCACCAGUGCAAAUCGCAAACUUCUACUUCGUGCCCCUGCAGCACAGGCUGGCCGUUGUCCAGUGCGUUGCCAUUAUCUGGAACUGCUACCUCUCCUGGAAGGCAAAUCGGGUGUGAGGUGGAAGUUGUGUCCCCUCCCUGACCACCCUGCCUGACACUGCCCCACUGACAGCGUUCCCUGGACCAGGCACCUGUGGCUGUGCACAGGGCUGGGUUAGGUAGGGUGCUGGCAGCAGCCGUCCUGUGCUCUCUUCAGGGGACUCCAUCACCCUUACUGCUCCAGGGACACGUGGAAGAGAAGACAGCACAAAGUCCAGCCUGAGAUGGGCCAGUGCCUGGGACUGAUGGAGGUCCAACAGCUGAUGCAGGCAGUUGGGGCAGUUCUGCCCCUCAGCAUGCUGCUCCAUCCAUGUUCAAUCCAGUCCCCAGCUCUUACCUUCAUGGACUUGGCUGCAGCUCUGCUGUGGGCAGUCAG